AUGGAUUUGAACCGGUCAAUAAUUCGUUCCGAGGUGAGACAAACGUUGGAGGAGUAUAUGCAGUCGAAUACCAAUAGAUCUGCAAAUGCAGGGGAAACAGGAAGACUGGAAGCUUCCCCACAGAACACAAGUACAAGUACAACUAGCCAACGGCUAAACUCUGAAAUUGGACAGGUUGUAAACCGUGCCAGGGAUAUUUUAAGAAGCAAUCGAUCGUCAUUCACACGAAAUGCCAGCACGUCGUUUCAGAAUGGCGCCACUAGCGCGUAUCCUAAAAGACCCCGAUUGUCGGGGGCUUCACGUUAUGGAAAUGUUCUUCCCAAAGAUGUGGUUAAAACGGUUGUGCUCUUGGAAAAUUCUGGUUCUUCAAACGAAUAUCUUUUAAAGAAUGAUACGAUAAUGUGCUAUGCUGAAGUGGAUUUUGUCACCACAGAUGACGAACGUCUCGUGCGAAAUAAAAUCGUCGGAGCGUUGAAGACACAAAGACCUGACAUUGCACCGGAUGAUUUUGAAUUUGUUAAAGUCCUCGGCAAAAGAGUCUCUACUCCUGUUGUAGCUGAUGGCUACAACUGGGAUUUUAAGCACGUUAAAAACUUAUGUGGUCAAGGCAAAUUGUAUGUCCGUCUUAACAAACAGCAAGAACAGGAACUGGAAAACAUUUCAGACACAUUUGAAGCCAUCCCUGUGGAAAGGCCUAGUACUAUUCUUGCAGAUAAUAGGGGCGUGUCGUCUGUGAAAGAACCUGCCUGUCAAUCUGAGACAGAUGACGAGAAUGGCAUAAGAUGUCUUCGUCAGAUGUUUCCACAACACGAUGAGGACUAUCUAAAAGAAAUAUUCAGUGGUUCUUUAGACCUUCCAGAUGCAAUUGAUGAAGUUUUGAAGAGUGAAAAGGAGCAAGGUUAAAAAUGUUUACUUUAUUUAAAGAAGUGUGGGUUUUGCAAAAAGAAGGUAGAUGACCUUUGGAAAAAUGAUAUGCCUAUUACUGUGUUACAGUUUGAUUUUUACGGUUUGAUUUUUAAGAAAUACAAUCUCGUUCCAAGAGCCCACGUGUCUUUUGAUCAGCACGAAGACAAAGAGCUCUGGAAUAAUCGAUUUCUAGUCCAAGGUUUUAGGACUUUUUCACAGCGCAUGCGUUGGCGCUGACCAAAAGACAUGUGGGCUCUGUGAGUGAGAUUGUAAGAAAUACGCAUGAACACUUAAAUCAGUUGAAAUGUUAUCUUUCAUUUUGAGAAAUGAGGGUGGUUACACACUUUGACUGGGUUUGAUAUAGGAGUUUCCAGGGUAUUACCACAUACAUGCCCCACAGUAUCACCAUAAAGCUUAGUGAUGAUACACAGGAUAGAAGAAAGCCGAAACAUUAUGUCUUUUUUAGCAGGUUCUCUU